UCAGGUCCCCGCGUUAAAAAAAACAAAAACAAUGAAGAAAAUACUAAUGAAUAAAUAAAAAGCAGUGAAAGGCGAGAGGCUGCGGGGAGGAAGCGACGCAGAGCCGCAGACAGAGGAGACACCGAGCAGGCCGGUGACACGUUACCGCACAGACGCGAGCCCGAGGGCUCCUUCCCCCGGGACGACCCCCCGCAGCGGGACCGAAACACAUCCGGAACGCGCCCGCCUCCUUCGGCUCUUUUCCCCAAACGACGCCGCGACCGAACUCCCUCGCCGAUCCCGCUGUUUUAGUUUCUCGGGCUCGAGCGUCGAGGCGAACCUCGCUGCAGGAUGCGAAACGGGGACGGUUUGGACACCCGGAGGUCCUGCGGACAUUUCGGCUGCACGAGUGACUCAUCAGAGCCUUUUUAGUUCAAGUUGGACAGGAACCCAGCCGCGGGUCGCCCCCUGGAGGUCAAACAGCUCCACGAUGCUGCCGUCCCCGUCCCUGCUGACCUGCUGUUCCCCGGCUGGCAUCUGAUCUACCAAACAUGAUGAAGACCGAACCCCCGGCGGCCCCGGGGGGCAACGCCGGCAGCGGGAGCGCGAACCUGCGGAGUCCCUCGCCCCACCGCAACGCCUACGAGGCGGGCCUGGCGGCGCUCAAGAAGGCCACCGACCACCUCAACAACGCCGCAAACGGAGGCGCUGGCCCCGCCCACAAACCCGCCCCUCUGCCUCGGCCGACCGGGAGGGGACGGAAAUACGGUUCCAAUGUUCACCGCAUCAAGAACAUGUUCAUGCAGAUGCAGUCGCCUGGCGACGAGGAGGACGGAGACAAAAUGAUCGGUGUCGAGCAGUCGGUGAAACUGUCCCUGCCGAGGGCGUCCAGCCUCAAUGAGAACGUCGACCACAGCGCCCUGCUCAAGCUCGGGGCCACGGUGUCCGAGAGGGUCAACCGCUUUGACUCCAAACCCGGCGGAGACGGUGGGGGCUUCUCCAAACUCCAGGAGACCAGGAGGAUCUUCGAACAGCGGACUCUACAGGAGAAGCAGGCCGCCACCAACCGGAUCUUGCUGAAGAAAGAGCGCGCAUCGGGCUUCCAGGACAGCCGCCUCGAUGUCGUGGCUCGCUUCAACGGUUCCACUGAGGCUUUGGACCGACUGGACGACCCCCCGGCUCCUCUCCCGGCUCCUCUCCCGGCGCCGGCUCUUACCGCUGCCGCAGCUUCAGUUGGGCCUGGAGACGCCGUCAGCCCCACCGUGAGCCAGCUCAGUGCGGUAUUUGAGAAGACCGACCCGCAAAACAAUGUCGCCCUCCCCCAGCGUCGGUCAGGCCCCGCCCUACCGCCCAAGCCCAAACCUCCAGCCAGAACGGAGGCUACCGGAAAGAAGGGAAAAAUGCUCCCUGUAGGUAACGAGGACGACGAGGAGAUGUCAGCUGUGAGCACUCAGGCAGAGGAACAACCAGGAGAGACUCUAGAGAGGAGCAUAGGGGAAGAGAUGGCCAGCGAGGAGAAGAAAGGCUUCAUACAGUCAGGAGACAAUCUCCCCAACUCUUCUUACUCGUCAUCGUCCUCCUCUUCUUCGGGAAUCAAGCCAGAGUUGGAGCACCGGCCGACAGCCACUGAAGCCAGGGGCUCAAGUACGGUGGCCGCCCCGGAGCGAGACGGCUCCACCGGGGGUUCUGAGGCCGGUGCCAGGCUGGUGCAGGCGGAGGUCCACGCCUCGUUGGAAAACGGGGAAAAAGAACCUCCGGGGUCUUCUCCCUCUUCAGAGGAGGAGGAGAAAGGAGGGGACUCUGAGAGGAGGGGCGAGGAGGAGGAUAACGAUGAGGAUGGCUCAAGGAAAGAGGAUUACUCGGAGGGCGACCUGGUGGAUAUCAGCGCGUACAGCGGACUCGGGGAGGAGGACUCUGGGGGCAGCCAGCUAGACGACGAGGACGAUGAGGAAGAUGAGGAGCCCUAUCAGCCGGAGACCAGCUGCUCCGAGAUCCCGGGUCUCCCUGAGGAAGAGGAACCCCCGCCACCAAAUAGGAAGAUUCAGUUCAGCACUGGGCCAAUCACAGUGUUCACCACCUACUCCAACGAAGACUACGAUCGGCGCAACGACGACGUCGACCCCAUGGCGGCCUCGGCCGAGUACGAGCUGGAGAAACGGGUGGAGAAGUUGGACCUGUUUCCUGUGGAGCUGGAGAAAGACAGCGAGGGUCUGGGGAUCAGUAUCAUCGGCAUGGGUGCAGGAGCUGAUAUGGGUCUGGAGAAACUGGGGAUCUUUGUGAAGACGGUCACCGACGGAGGAGCUGCACAGAGAGACGGCAGGAUCCUGGUGAACGACCUCAUCGUGGAGGUUGACGGGACCAGCCUGGUCGGCGUCACUCAGAGCCUCGCUGCCUCCGUCCUCCGCAACACCAGCGGCACCGUCAGCUUCGUGAUUGGUCGGGAGAAGCCUGGGGAGCAGAGCGAGGUGGCUCAGCUGAUCCAGCAGACCCUGGAGCAAGAGAAGUGGCAGCGGGAGAUGAUGGAGCAGAGAUACAAGCAGUACAUGGACGACGAGGAGGAGACGGGGGAAUAUGCGACCGACGAGGAGGAGGAGAUGAGUCCGGUGUUUCCCAACUCCAUUGAGGUCUUCGACCUGGCCGAGAACCAGGACACGCUGUCUCCCGUGGAGCUGGACCCCGAGAAGCUGGCCCACAAAUUCAAAGAGCUCCAGAUUAAACACGCAGUAACACAGGCGGAGAUCCAGCUGCUGAAGAGGAAGCUGGCUCACGCGGAGCAGGAUAAGUUGCGCUGGCGGAUGGAGCGCGCUCAGUUGGAGCAAAACAUCCGGGACAGCAAAGAGAGGAUGGAAAAGCUAGAGGGCUACUGGAUGGAGGCGCAGUCGCUGUGUAAGGCGGUGGACGAACACCUGAAGGAAACCCAGGGUCAGUACCAGACCCUGGAGAGGAAGUACAGCAAGGCCAAGCGACUGAUUAAAGAGUACCAGCAGAAGGAGAUCGAGUUCCUGAAGAAGGAGACGGCUCAGCGUCGGGCUCAAGAAGAGAGCGAGGUGACACACAAAGAGGAGGCGGACAAUUUACAGGAAAAGAUUUCCGACCUGGAGACCAAAGUGGACGCCCUGAAGACCCCCACCCCCUCCUAGACCGCAGCCACGUCCUACCUCCUGUCUGUGACCAGGAGAGAGGAGCUCUACCUUCAUUCUGACCCGGGCCGUCACUUCUAUUCCAAUCAACCAUUUGCUGCACGGACAGGUAGCAGGGGGGCGUGAGGGGGCGUGAGGGGGCGGGACUAGCAGGAAAGACUAUUUUAAAGCAGAGGAUCAGGAUGGAAAGAAGCACCCGUUCACCUGACACCUGCCGGUGCUCCGUCAGCCGUUCCUUGGACGCUCCCCCCUCUGUGAUUCCCAGAAUGCUCCCCGUGUGUCUUCCCAGAAAAACCACAUUCAACAAUCCGUGCUUUCACAUAUCGGACGGUCCGCUUCUCCUCUCUUCAAAUAAGACCACCUUCACCGGAUCCAAACCCAUUUCCCGAAAGCGCUUUAAUUGAACAGGCUUGCCACAAAGUGCUUUUAUAGAGUGACGGAGGUCACAGACGCGCAGGACCGCAGCGGAUCAGCAGCCGACGGAGGUUAUUUGAUUGUUGUCGUGCUACUUUUAAACUAAGCAGAUCGCCGAAACCGUUUCUUUGUGGACAAAUGUGUUUUUUUUGUUUUUUUGUGGCGAGGGAUUGAUCGCACAAAACAAAGAACGAACACGGAGAAACGGCCACCGCCGUCUUUGAAAGACAAACUGUGACGUGGAGCCUCGCCAGUUACAACAACAACAACUUUGAAUGGAAAUAACCACCACCUGCGGAUAGUUAAGUAAUAAAAACUACGAUAGAAGAUGGCCGACAAAUUUCUGAUUAGUAACAACAAAGGUGCCGGCCUGGCCUUCUCUUUUCCUCCGGUGGG